CUGCGCUCAUACACAUUCCCACGUUAAGGGCUGGACGACGUAGCGGAAACUCAGAACUAUCUCCUCACAUUCUCAGCUGCCGGUCGCCAUAAGACACUGUCUGCCGGAGGAGAUUGAUAUGGGAGAGGUGGCGAUGGAGAACUGGUCGGGUCAGCAGAAAUGGAGGUUCCAGCGCAAUGAAGUACAGAGCACCUCAUCGGCGGUCACCAUAAGGAUGGUCCGAACCAUGCUGAUGGGCAACCUCAGGAAGGACGACCCCAGGACCAUCAUCCCGUUUGCCCACGGUGAUCCCUCCUCAUUCCCCAGCUUCCGCACUGCCGCUGUGGCCGAGGAUGCCAUUGUUGACACCCUCUGCUCCGGCAAGUUCAACAGCUACGCCACCACAUCCUUUGGUAUUCCCCCUGCCCGGAGGGCAAUCGCGGAGUCUCUCUCCAAGGAUCUUCCAUACACGUUAUCUCCUGACGAUGUAUUCCUAACUGUUGGAUGCACUCAAGCGAUAGAAGUCAUAAUAUCGGUCCUAGCCGGCCGCCCUGGCGCCAAUGUUCUGCUUCCGAGACCUGGUUAUCCAUACUAUGAGACAUGUGCUUCUUUUAGCAAACUCAAAGUGCGCCACUUCGAUCUUCUUCCUGACAAGGGCUGGGAGGUUGAUCUCGCAGGGGUUGAGAAGCUUGCAGAUGAGAAUACCAUGGCAAUGGUCAUCAUUAACCCGGGCAAUCCAUGUGGUAACGUCUUCAGCUAUGAACAUCUAAAGCAGGUUGCUGAGACGGCAAAAAAGCUCGGAAUUAUGGUGAUCGCUGAUGAGGUAUACGCCCAUCUGGCUUUUGGGAAUACGCCAUUCACUCCCAUGGGAGUAUUUGGAUCCAUUGCUCCAGUCUUGACUCUAGGGUCAAUAUCAAAGAGGUGGAUCGUUCCGGGAUGGCGACUUGGUUGGCUUGUCACUACUGACCCGAAUGGCAUCCUGAAGAAAUCCGGGGUUGUUGAGUCCAUCAAAGAGUUUUUAACUGUCGCUUCCGAUCCCGCAACCUUCAUACAGGGAGCAAUUCCUCGCAUGCUUGAGAAUUCAACAGAUGAUUUCUUCUCGAGAAUUAUCGGCCUACUUAAGCACACUGCAGAUAUGUGUUAUGACAGGUUCGAACAGAUCCCUUGUAUCACUUGCUCAAGCAAGCCUGAAGGGUCAAUGUUUGUAAUGGUCAAGUUGAACCUAUCAAUGCUCGACGGCAUAGAAGAUGAUCUGGACUUUAGCUUGAAGCUUGCCAAGGAGGAAUCAGUCAUUGUUCUACCAGGUAUAGCGGUCGGCAUGAAGAACUGGCUACGCGUGACUUUUGCCAUCGAGCCUGCUUCACUCGAAGACGGGAUGGAGAGGAUCAAGACCUUCUGUGAAAGGCAUGCCAAGAAGCAAUAAUUCAGAUCUCUGGGCAGGUGAUGGAGCUGUAGAGAUCGGAAACUGCAUGUUAGAUCUCGUGCUCCCUCUCACAGAAUUCAUCUUCGAGAUAUGUUUACAAGUCUUCGUAUCCACUAGAGUUAGCGAAUGGCAGUCUCAUUAAUUAGCAGCAAAAUAUAUGAGUAUAUGGCAUCAAAUGUUUGACUACAUCUUUCCUAAAAAGAGACAGAGGCGUGAACUUUCUUGAAUGUAUCACCAAAAUUUCGGUUUGUUUAGAAAAAUUUGGAGAUCUCCAUA